AUGCCUGAACUAUCAGAUUUGGAUUUGGAUUCCCCCCUGAACUUACCUACAUCCCAGGCGAGGUGCGACUUGGUACAGGAGCAGGAAGCGAUCGUUACGCUAGUGACCAGAUUGACCAGAUGGACCAGAUGGAUCAUGGACGGCCAUCCCCAACCUUUCGGGUUCGAGGUUAAGAAAAGGAAAGCCUCCGGGACGCUGAUAAUCGUCGCGUCGUCCAGGACUAGCCAAAGUUCGAGCGCCAUCCAUCUAUCGGUCGACAAUCAGACCCCGAAGUCAGCUCGCCGCCCCGAACGCAGAAACGAGACGCGUCCGGAAGUGGUCCAAGAUGAGACACAGAUUAAUCCUCAGCCGCCAACUAUUAUUGAUCACCGGCCGGUACGAGGUAUAUGA